UCCCAGAUUUCUCGUCUAUAAAAUCUCAUGAGAUGCCUCUUCUUUGAGCAGACAUCUAGCAUUCCCCCGUCCACCUUAAUUAACAGCCAGGAAAUGGCUCGUUCAUCAUCCUCCUCUUUCUUCUUCUUCAUCUUCCUCUCUUCAGUUGCUCUGUGCGGCUUGCACUCUGUGGCACAAGCACAGCUCACACCCAAUUUCUACUCCACCUCGUGUCCUCUUGCUCUCACCACCAUCAGAACUCUUGUCCGAACGGCUGUGCUGUUGCAGCCGAGGAUGGGUGCUUCUCUUGUUCGCCUGCACUUUCACGAUUGCUUUGUCAACGGAUGCGAUGCGUCGGUUCUCCUGGAUGAUUCUACAACUAUCCAGAGCGAGAAGAGUGCAGUUCCGAAUAUGAACUCACUGAGGGGAUUCGAGCUCAUCGACGCCAUUAAAGCUGCACUGGAGCUGCUGUGCCCUGGGAAGGUUUCUUGUGCAGACAUUCUUGCAGUUGCUGCACGCGAAUCAGUGGCGGCGCUCCGAGGCCCCACAUGGACGGUGUUGCUAGGGAGGAGAGACUCACUUAUAGCAAACAGAAGUGGUGCCAAUACCGACCUUCCUCCUCCCUUUUUCAGCUUAAGUCAGCUCACUCAGUCCUUCGCAGACAAAGGCCUAAGUUUCGGAGACAUGGUUGCUCUCUCAGGCGCUCACACGUUCGGGAAAGCGAGGUGCACGAAUUUCCGCGCCCACUUAAACGAGAGCAACAUUGAUCCAACCUUUGCUGCGACUCUCAGACCUGCCUGCGGCAAUUCUUCGGCCAACGACAAUAAUUUGGCGAACCUGGAUGUCUCAACUCCUAAUACCUUCGAUAAUGCAUAUUACACAAACCUGCUGAACAGGCGGGGCCUUCUUCACUCCGAUCAAGAGCUCUUCAAUGGAGGCGCAGCUGAUGCAAUAGUGAGGACCUACAGCACAACCCCCUCCACUUUCUUCACGGACUUCGCCAAUGCCAUGAUCAAGAUGGGCAACAUAAGCCCCCUCACCGGAACCAGUGGACAGAUAAGACGGAACUGCAGAAGAGUCAAUUAGAUCUACAAGUUUGGCUACAUCUUCCAUGUGUUGCUUCUCUUGCGGAUCUCUGUCUGCUUUUGUUCUGGUGUGAAUCUUUUGUCGAAGAUUUCAGAAUAAGGUUAAAGACUGGUCAUGAAAAGACAUCAUGCUCCUUAACAGGAACAGAUGCAAGUAUUCUUCGUGUGCCAUUAUUGUACUGCUUUCUGUUAAACACCAGGAGAAACGUGUUAGCGACCAGGCAGCCAACAAGAGUUCAUUUAAGAACUUCAACCUAAAAAGAAGAUCAAGGGCUGAGUACCCGUCGAUCACCUCCAUUGGCAUAAUCAACUUUGGUUAGCGCCCGUCCCUUAGGCGACCUGAAGAUUAUGCUUCAUCGGUGUACGUAUCAUCAUCCAAUAAAGUAUGUUAAUGGGUUUGUCAU